AUGGCUGCAAAAGCUGCGGCUUCUGCGCUGCGCGCGGCCGCCGGGAGUAGGGAUGUCGCGACCUUGCAGCAGCGGCUUUCUGAGGCUGAGGCUGCGGGCAUUUGCGCGAAGAUCAUCAAUUCUCAGGAUCCAGACACGGAUCUCGGAGCAUUGUCCCUGUCCGCCCAGCACGGUGCUGCCGACUGCGUGGCAGUGCUGCUGGCCGCACGUGCUGACGUGAACGCUGACUCAGAGGAUGCGGGUGGCCGCACAGCGUUGCAUUUCGCAGCCUACGAUGGGCACGUGGAGGUGGUCCGACUUCUGGUCGCAGCCCGGGCAAACACAAAUGUGCGCUGCUCAACGGGAGAAACCGCGGAGCAAAUCGCGGAGCAGAGGGCCAAAGAGUGGAGAAUCGGCGGUGGAGAUGGCGAGGAGGCGCAAACUAGAUGUUGCAGGAUGUGGCAGCUUUGA